CGGGGUGAUUGCCUCCUCCUGGGGGGAAAGGCGGGGAGUGUCACAGGCCGUGUGAAAAGGGGGUCUUUCUCUGUCUCGCGUCCCACCAGCCGCAUGGGAGGCACCUGGAAGGUCUGAGGGGCUGGGAGACAAGUUGCCGUGAAAAUGAUGCAUCCUGUUGCCAGCGGUAAUACUGCUUUCUGUGGGCCUGGCAAGGCUUCCUGCCUCAAUGAAGACAAUAUGAGAGCUGCUGAUCAAUUUGACUUAUAUUCCUCUCAACAAAGCAAAUACAGCCACACAGUCAGCCACAAACCAAUCGCUUGCCAGAGGCAAGACCCGCUAAAUGAAACACAUUUACAGGCUACAAGUGGCAGAAGCAUAGAGACAAAAGAUGAACUCAAGAAAAAGAAAAACCUCAGUCGAUCUGGUAAACGUGGCAGGCCCUCGGGGACCACCAAAUCAGCAGGAUACCGAACGAGCACAGGACGACCCCUUGGAACCACCAAAGCAGCUGGAUUUAAGACAAGUCCAGGCAGACCUCUGGGUACAACUAAAGCUGCAGGAUACAAAGUCAGCCCAGGGAGACCUCCAGGAAAAAAGCAGCAAGCCUUCAGGUGUUCCAGUGAUGCCUAACACAUAAUGAGCUGGACUUUAUGCUGUGCUUUACAGUAAGAGGUGUUGAAUUAUAUGUGGGGACUAUGUGUGCACUGGCAACUAAGACUUUGAACCUCAACAAUCUUAGCAUUGCACAGACCAUAUAGAACAAUUUUGAAUGGCUACAUAGAUUGAUUUGUAACCUAAUGGCAGCUAAAUUGCUACUAAACCAGGUUUUGAAUCUGGUCAUAUGUUCUAUUUCUUAACAAACUUAAAGUAUAAAAGUCUUAAUUAUUUACUUGGAACAUUAUAACUUCUGACACACAUGCUUUUACUGUCAUUAACACUCACAAUGUAAUUGUCAUUUAUUUGUUUCACAUGAUAAUGCCUAGCAGUGUUUUGAAAUUUUUUAAUUACUUUGGAAAACAUCGCUUUAAUUGAAUGAUCUAAUUGUGGGAAUGACACAUUCCACUAGCAAGGAUUUGGUUGCAUGUUGCCUUUAUACCACUUCUUCCUUUCCUGUCAAUUUCUUUUCAUGCUUGAUUUUGUUUUUCCUUUUGUGCAUCUACACAGUGGUGCUGUGUUGUGUGUCAGAAGACAAUACAGAUGUAUUAUUGUUACACUAGUAUAAUGGACUUUGUAUUCCAAAACAUUGAAAUGAUGAAAUCAGCUGAAGAAGAUAUGUUCAUUAUGGUGUUUAUUGAUGAUAUCAAGAAAAAAG